AUGAUUGAUCCAUUUGUAAUUAUUAAAUGGUCGUUAUGGUCAACAUCAAAAGAAGGUCGAACAGUUAAAAUUGAUCAUGAAGGAACAGUUCAAAAUUGUAUUCAUAUUUUACAAACUAAAAUCAAUCAUUUUUUGUUUCAUGUCUUUAUUAAAAGACAACAAUCUAAUUUCUUUGAAAUGUUGAAGAAAGAUGUUACUGACGAAAAAUGUUUACUUCAACUCGAUUAUGCCGAAAAUUAUUCUAUUAUCGAACAAAACCAAAUACAAAGUGCUCACUGGAGCCGAAAGCAAUUAUCGAUUUUCACUGCACACGUUUGGUCUCAAUCAAAAACAUAUCCACUAGUAAUAAUAUCUGAUGAUUCAUCACACGACAAAUACACAGUUGCAAAAUGUCUUGAACAUUUACUGGAACGUUCAAAAAUAUUGUUACCUUCAAUGAAAGAGUUAAUAAUUUUUAGUGAUGGUAGUGCUUGUCAAUUCAAGGAACGUUUCUUGUUCAAGAAUUUGACGCAUUUGGCUGAUCAAUUUUCUCUAAAGUUAUCAUGGAACUUUUUCGCGAGUCAUCACGGUAAAGGUAAGUAA